UGGGUUGGGGGGUGCAUGGUGGUGUGCCCUCGGUGGCAGCUCAGCCUACUAGUGGAGCGAUGCAUGAGCGCCAUGCAGGAGGGGACGCAGAUGGUCAAGCUUCGAGGCAGCUCCAAGGGCCUGGUCCGCCUCUACUACCUGGAUGAGCACCGCUCCUGUCUCCGCUGGCGACCCUCGCGCAAGAACGAGAAGGCCAAGAUCUCCAUAGACUCCAUCCAAGAGGUGAGCGAGGGCCGGCAGUCCGAGAUCUUCCAGCGCUACCCUGACAGCAGCUUUGACCCCAACUGCUGCUUCAGCAUCUACCAUGGCAGCCACCGCGAGUCUCUGGACCUGGUCUCCCCCAGCGCCGAUGAGGCGCGCACCUGGGUGACCGGCCUGCGCUACCUCAUGGCUGGCAUCAGCGACGAGGACAGCCUGGCCCGUCGCCAGCGAACCCGAGACCAAUAUCCUUGGUGGCUGAAGCAGACGUUUGAUGAGGCCGACAAGAACGGGGACGGCAGCCUGAGCAUCGGCGAGGUCCUGCAGCUGCUGCACAAACUCAACGUGAACCUGCCCCGCCAGAGGGUGAAGCAGAUGUUCAGGGAAGCGGACACGGAUGACCGCCAGGGAACUCUGGGCUUUGAUGAGUUCUGCGCCUUCUACAAGAUGAUGUCCACCCGCCGGGACCUCUACCUGCUCAUGCUGACCUACAGCAACCACAAGGACCACCUGGACGCUGCUGACCUGCAGCGUUUCCUGGAGGUGGAACAGAAGAUGAAAGGCGUGACACUCGAGACCUGCCAGGAUAUCAUCGAGCAGUUUGAGCCCUGCCCGGAAAACAAGAGCAAGGGAGUGCUGGGCAUCGAUGGCUUCACCAACUACACCCGGAGCCCUGCCGGCGACAUCUUCAACCCUGAGCACUACGGUGUGCACCAGGACAUGACGCGACCUCUGAGCCACUACUUCAUCACCUCGUCCCACAACACCUACCUCGUGGGCGACCAGCUCAUGUCCCAGUCUCGGGUGGACAUGUACGCCUGGGUCCUGCAGGCCGGCUGCCGCUGCGUAGAAGUGGACUGCUGGGAUGGGCCGGACGGGGAGCCGAUCGUGCACCACGGCUACACUCUGACCUCCAAGAUCCUCUUCAAAGACGUCAUCGAGACCAUCAACAAGUACGCCUUCGUCAAGAACGAAUAUCCCGUGAUCCUCUCCAUUGAGAACCACUGCAGCGUGGUCCAGCAGAAGAAGAUGGCCCAGUAUCUGACGGACAUCCUCGGGGACAAGCUGGACCUCUCCUCCGUGAGCGGGGACGACGCCACCUCGUUACCCUCGCCACACAUGCUCAGGGGCAAGAUCCUAGUCAAGGGGAAGAAGCUCCCCGCCACCAUCAGCGAGGAUGCGGAGGAAGGCGAGGUGUCUGACGAAGAUAGCGCCGACGAGAUCGACGAGGAUUGCAAGCUCCUCAAUGGGGAUGCCUCUACCAACCGCAAGCGGGUGGAAAGCAUUGCCAAGAAGAAGCUGGAUUCUCUCAUCAAGGAGUCAAAGAUCCGUGACUGCGAGGAUCCCAACGACUUCACCGUCUCCACGCUGCCCCCACCUGGAAAACUCGGGCACAAAGCCGAGGCCAAAAAGGGGCAGAGCAGGGCCGAGGAGGACGUGGAGUCUGGGGAAGACACCGGCACCGGCAGGCGGAACAACCGCCUUCUCAUGAGCAGCUUCUCCAAGCGCAAGAAAAAGGGCAGCAAGAUAAAGAAGGCGGCCAGCGUGGAAGAGGGAGACGAAGACCUGGACGCCCCGGGAGGCCAGAGCCGAGGGACGGCCAGGCAGAAGAAGACCAUGAAGCUGUCCCGGGCCCUCUCCGACCUGGUGAAGUACACCAAGUCCGUGGGUUCCCACGAUGUGGAGACGGAGGUGGCGUCCAGCUGGCAGGUGACAUCCUUCAGCGAGACCAAAGCCCACCAGAUCCUGCAGCAGAGGCCAGCCCAGUACCUGCGCUUCAACCAGCGCCAGCUCUCCCGCAUCUACCCCUCCUCUUACCGCGUGGACUCCAGCAACUACAACCCACAGCCCUUCUGGAAUGCCGGCUGCCAGAUGGUUGCCCUGAACUACCAGUCCGAGGGGAGAAUGCUGCAGCUGAACCGCGCCAAGUUCAGUGCCAAUGGCGGCUGUGGCUAUGUGCUCAAGCCCCCGUGCAUGUGCCAGGGUGUCUUUAACCCCAACUCCGAGGACCCGCUGCCCGGGCAGCUCAAGAAGCAGCUGGCCCUGAGGAUCAUCAGCGGGCAGCAGCUGCCCAAGCCCCGGGACUCCAUGCUGGGUGACCGUGGAGAGAUCAUCGACCCUUUUGUGGAGGUGGAGGUCAUCGGGCUCCCGGUGGACUGCAGCAAGGAGCAGACUCGAGUGGUGGACGACAAUGGAUUCAACCCCAUGUGGGAGGAGACCCUGGUGUUCACUGUGCACAUGCCCGAGAUCGCACUCAUCCGCUUCCUGGUCUGGGACCACGACCCCAUUGGGCGGGAUUUCAUCGGCCAGAGGACGCUGGCUUUUAGCAGCAUGAUGCCAGGCUACCGGCACGUGUACCUGGAAGGGAUGGAAGAGGCGUCCAUCUUCGUGCACGUGUCUGUCAGUGACAUCAGCGGUAAGGUCAAGCAGGCUCUGGGGCUAAAAGGUCUCUUCCUCCGCGGCCCAAAGCCAGGCUCGCUGGACAGUCAUGCUGCUGGGCAGCCCCCACCCCGGCCCUCCGUUAGCCAGCGGCUCCUGCGGCGCACGGCCAGCGCCCCAGCCAAGAGCCAGAAGCCCAGCCGCAAGGGCUUUCCAGAGCUGGCCCUGGGCACUCAGGACGUGGGCUCGGAGGGGGCGGCAGACGACGUGGCCGCCCCCAGCCCUGCCCCCGAGGCCCCGGCUCCCAGGGGGUCGGGCGGCAGCAGCCCCCGAGAUGCCCGCCUCUUCCCCAUGCAGCGGCCAGUCUCCCCACCGCGCAGCCUGGAAACCAUCGCCGAGGAGCCAGCGCUGGGCCCUGGGCUCCCACCACGGGCGGCCUCCCCCGCCGGCCCCUCCCGGGAAGGGCCACGGGGCCCUACGGGCCCUGGGGGCAGAGUGGGAGCUUCCGCGCCCCUCCAGGUCCGGACAGGGGACAACAAAGAGGCCCUGUGCACGCUGCACAGUGGUGGAGGCCCCCGGGGGACGGACGGCAAGGCCCUCCCACAGGUCCUGGGCCAUCUGCCCAGGGUCCGAAGGGCCAAGAGUGAGGGCCAGGUGCUCCCAGAACCCCUGGGCGCCUGGCGGCUCCUGGGCGGGCCCACCCCUGCGCCCUCGGUCUACUCAGACGCCACAGGCGGCGACCGGUUGUGGCAGCGGCUGGAGCCCGGCAGCCACCGUGACAGCGUGUCCUCGUCCUCGAGCAUGUCGUCCAGCGACACCGUCAUUGACCUGUCCCUUCCGAGCCUGGGCCUGGGGCGCAGCCGCGAGAGCCUGCUGGGGGUCCCAUUUGGACGCUUGCCCUCUCGGUCCGGUUCGGCCUCCGCUACCCGCCGGGACCCGCCUCCGGUGACCAAAAGCAAAUCCAACCCCAACCUGCAGGCCGCGAGCCAGCGGCUGCCUUCCGGCGCGGACCAGCUGCGGGGCCAGCGACAGGGCCUGCCCCUGGGGGGCCCGCGGGAUGGCCCCACGGCGGCCAAGUCCCAGAGCCUGGGGGACCUGACGGCCGACGACUUCGGCCCUGGCUUGGAGAGUGGCUCGCGCAGCCUGAGCCGUGGCCUGGGCACUCUGGGGGUGGUCCCGCGUCCCACGGGGCCUGGGGUGCGGACAGACACCCUGACCGAGCAACUGCGCUGGCUCACAGGCUUCCAGGAGGCCGAGGACAUCACCUCACCCACCAGCCUGAGUCCCGGCGGGGAGGGGGGGCUCGGGGCCCCGGCCUUCCUGAGGCGGCCCUCCUCGCGCAGCCAGAGCCGAGUGCGUGCCAUCGCCAGCCGGGCCCGCCGCGCCCAGGAGCGGCAGCAGAGGCUGCGAGGCCUGGGCCCCCCAGAAGAGGAGCGGGGCACCCCCGAGGGUGCCUGCUCCGUGGGCCAUGAGGGCUGUGUGGACCCGCCAGUCCCCUCCAAGGGGGCCCCAGAGCCGCUGUGUGGUGCUGCUGCCAAGGCACUGACCCCCCGUGUGGGCCGGGCCUCCCUGGAAGCCUGA